GAAUCCACAGGUAUGGAAGGAAGCCCCCCUCACAGUCGUUAGGCCUUUUUACAGUUCGGGGAGGACAUGAGACCCGAAGAGGCGCGAUGAGAUGAGAUGAGAGGAGAGGAGGAGAAGAGAGUCAAUCGCGCUCGUCUCGCGAGAAUAGGCGAGGCUGCCGGACGAGAUGUGAGGGACUCAGGUGUAAGAGCGCUCCUCAUCCACACAUAGCACAGCCAAACACACACAGAGAGAGAGAGAGAGAGAGAGAGAGACACACACACACACACACACUGCGGGCAUCUCCUCUGUACCAUCAGCAGCCGAGCGCUACCGCAUCCGCCUGACUGCUGUGAGACGCCAGAAGAGGCGCCGCCGGACUCUCGCUUUGCUUUUCGCGCAGUUUAUCUGCGCCGGAUCCCGCGCAAACAUGAUGUCCAUGAACAGCAAACAGCCUCAUUUCGCCAUGCAUCACAGCUUACCUGAGCACAAGUACACAACUCUGCACUCGAGCUCGGAGGCGAUCCGGAGAGCCUGUCUGCAGAAUCCACAGCUCCAGAGCAACAUCUUCGCCAGUCUGGAUGAGACGCUCCUGGCCCGCGCCGAAGCUCUGGCGGCCGUGGACAUCGCGGUGUCCCAGGGUAAGAGUCACCCGUUCAAGCCCGACGCCACGUACCACACGAUGAACACCGUGCCAUGCUCGUCUGCCUCCACCGUGCCACUCGCCCACCACCACCACCACCAUCACCACCACCACCAGAACCUGGAGCCGGCAGACCUCAUGGAGCACAUCGGCUCGCCAUCGCUCGCGCUCAUGCCCAGCGCGCACGAGGGGUCCGGCGGAGGUGGCGGAGGAGGCGGCGGCGGCGGCGGAGGCUUGAUCUCCACGUCGGCCCACCCGCACUCCCACAUGCACGGGCUCACCCACCUGUCCCACCAGGCUGCUAUGAACAUGAACUCGCCGCUCACGCACCACGGCCUCUUACCGGGCCACCACGGCGGUGCGCACCAGUGCGCGCCGGGACUCGGCAACAACGGACUGUCCUCCAUCAACGACUCGGACACGGACCCGAGGGAGCUGGAGGCGUUCGCGGAGCGUUUCAAACAGCGGCGGAUCAAACUCGGGGUGACUCAGGCGGACGUUGGGGGCGCGCUGGCCAACCUGAAGAUCCCAGGCGUGGGCUGCCUGAGCCAAAGUACCAUUUGUCGCUUCGAGUCUCUAACUCUGUCGCACAACAACAUGAUCGCGCUCAAACCCAUCCUCCAGGCUUGGCUGGAGGAGGCCGAGGGCGCCCAGCGCGAGAAAAUGAGCAAACCCGACAUUUUCAACGGCAACGAGAAGAAGCGCAAGCGGACCUCCAUAGCGGCCCCGGAGAAGCGAUCUCUGGAGGCGUAUUUCGCGGUGCAGCCCCGGCCGUCGUCGGAGAAAAUCGCGGCUAUAGCUGAGAAAUUGGACCUCAAAAAGAACGUGGUGCGAGUAUGGUUUUGCAACCAAAGACAAAAACAGAAGAGGUUGAAAUUUUCCGCGACUCACUGAUAGACUAUACUUCCAGGAGAAAACAAAACGAAUAGGACUUUUGGGGACCAAGGAUCAUCGCUUUGGCUCAAAUGCGCGUGUGCUCAUGAUUAGUACCGUUUUAUUUUCACAACUCGUGUUUCUUUUCACUGUACUGGUGAAUGUGAAGUAUGCAAAUGACAGGUAAUCCAGAUGAACUACUUUUCUGCGGUUCAACUCUACUUAGAUACACCCAGCUCUAUGUUUUUUCCCCCUCCCCGCGAUGAAUGACGAAAAAUAGCCAUUGAUGGAUUACCUCAUAGUUUAACUCUAUCCUAAUUUAUUUAUUUAUUUAUUUAUUUAUUUAUGUAUUUAUUUAUGUCCGGCAUAUUUGUGUAUUUAUUCAUUCGUACAGGGAAC